AUGGCACUCGACCCUGCAGAACAGCAUCUCAGACAUGUUGAAAAAGAUGUUUUGAUUCCUAAAAUAAUGAGAGAGAAGGCCAAAGAGAGAUGUUCUGAACAAGUUCAAGAUUUUACCAAAUGUUGCAAGGAUGCUGGAAUCCUCAUGGUAGUAAAAUGCCGGAAAGAAAAUUCUGCACUGAAAGACUGUCUAACUGCUUACUAUAAUGAUCCAGCUUUUUAUGAAGAGUGCAAAAUGGAAUACCUGAAAGAAAGGGAAGAAUUCAGAAAAACUGGAAUCCCUACCAAGAAAAGGCUACAGAAACUUCCCACAAGCAUGUAG